UAAACGAAAAUAGAGAAAGCGGUGACAUGCAGGAUCCGUGCCCUAGCUAGCAACAGAGCCAUUUUACGACUGAAAAUCAUGUGAUCGUCCUCGUAUUCUCCUCCGGCACCGGCAGUCAUUCCAGUGUUCCUUUUGCGUUUUUAACUUGGUAAAAACUAGAUCGAUCGAGUUUUCAUCUUUAAAUUUACAGGAAGUGAAAAUGAGUUCUAUCAGUGAGGAUGUAGAUGACAGGCUUAGCGGGUUACCUGAAGACACUAUUUCACAUAUACUCUCUCUAAUGCCUACAAAAUUCGCUGUGCGAACUAGCAUUUUAGCCAAAAGAUGGAGGUAUAGUUGGAUGGGUGUCACCAACCUUGACUUUGAUGAUAUUCACCCCUUUUAUGAUAAGGAAAUAUUGUCAAAAUUUGUGGACCGGGUGAUGGAGAAUUGCAAAUCGUCCCAACUCGGCUUAUUACGCUUACCUUUUUCUAAUAAACAGGUUAAAAGGGAAAGCGUAUCAAGUUGGAUUGAUAAGGCAGUUAGGUUAAAUGUUUCCGAAAUUGACAUGCAGGUGCACUCUUUUGAGUUGCCUAUAAGCCUUUUCACUUGCAAGACGCUCACAAAAUUAAGAAUAAAUCCUGGAAAUCCUACUUACCGUGUUUGGGAGUGUCCGUGUCCAGUUAAUCUUCCUUGUCUGAAAACUCUUGACAUCGCUGUUCGUCACAAUCCUUUUGUCAAUGUAUUUGAACUCAUCCGUGGAUGCCCGAUCCUUGAAAGUUUAUCUUUGGAGGUAUUUAUUCAGAUGGAGGAAGAAGAAGACUACAUAUUCAAUAUCCCUACUUUGAAACGGCUGAAACUAAUAGUGCAAAAAGUAUAUUCGUCGGUUACCAAAAAAGUUGUAUUAAAUGUCCCAAAUCUUGAUUACCUAUUUGUUGGCGGUAUGUUGGGCUCGCUUUUUGUCAUGGAAGAUUUGUCGUCAUUGGUUGAGGCAUCAACUUCAUUUCGUUGUCUAUGGUCUGAUGGUAUGUGGCUGGAGUUUCUGAAGGGAAUAAGUGGAGUUAAAUCCCUUUCAAUUAAAAAAUUCCCAUUCAAUUCAGCUCUGCCCAUCUUUCCACAUGUGAGGCAUUUGCAGCUUACAAGUCUUUGGUAUUCUAGACUAGUUCUUGAAUUCCUUGAAAGUUGUCCCGAGUUGAAACAUUUGUAUAUUGAAGAGCUUACAAAUGAACGUUGGAUUAAACCAAAGUUGAUUCCCGCUUGUUUGCUUACAAACCUUACAACCAUCAAAAUUUCAAGUUGCAAAGGGGGAAGGCCUGAAAUAAAGUUUCUGGAAUACAUGUUGGGGAAUGCAAAGGUUUUGAAGACAGUAACAAUCACCUGCGAAAUCUAUCCCAUAAAAGAAGAAAAUUGGUUGCGUGCAAAGUUGCUUAAGCUUUCAAGGGUUUCAAGGUAUUGUGAGAUCCGUUUUGUGAAGUGAACAUCGUUUAUAUGAUGCAAUGGCCUAUAUACUGAGGCUUUUAUUUUCGGAUUGUGAACCAUCUACUUUGUGUUGCCUAUUGAUAGGGGUGUUUGGAUUAUCAUUUAAUAAGUUGCUGUAAUGGAAUGUUUUUGUGUUAUAACAUGAUAGUCGAUUGCAACUAGCUCCAAGGGAGAUCUUUGAGGUUUCAUAA